AUGACAUUGAGGCGAAAGACCGUCAAUUCCGCGGCUGGCGUGUUCCCUCCUUUACAGAGCGCGACUGGCGGUGCCCUCUUCAUCCUCGAUGAGGCUAAAAAGUUCAAAGAGAACAAGAAGGAAUGGGACGAUUUUGGGAAAUACGUGGCUGACAAUGUGGCCGAAGUAGUUGCAGCCAUAAAGUACUACGAUGCGUCAACGGAAGAGGCAAAGCUAUGGGUAGAGAGCGCUACAAAACUCGACGGGUGGGCUGUAUUCCUCCCCGACAGUCUUGAAUAUUCCGCCCACAUGAGGUCCCACAGCGUGUUACAGGAGAUUAAGUGCAAAGUCUGUGGAAGACUCGCAAAAAUAGAGAAACGUUCGACCGUCAGGAACGCAAUGUCCUACUUGAGAGACCCAGGAAGGAUCGAUGGUCUAAAGAAAGAUCUUGAUAAAGCAUUGACAUCAUUUCAGCUUAGGACGAACUUAGUGAUUGGUCGCGAACUGUCAUCCUUACGAGCUGACUCACUUCUCAACCAACUUCCAUGCCCGAUCGCAUACCACGAUCCAACCAAGGCAUGCCUGGAAGGCACCCGGAGAUAUUUGAUCGAACACAUCAUGAGGUGGUGUCACAACAUGGAUGAUAGUACGAAGCGGGUAAUGCUGCUGACCGCUGUGGCCGGUGCCGGGAAGACAUCCGUCGCACACUCGGUCGCGGAGGAGUGUACACAAGAGGGCAUCUUAUUGUCGAUCUUCUUUUUCAGAGUAGGCGAGCAGACACGACCAGACCAUCUAUUUAGCGGCAUAGCUAAAUCCCUAGCAAAACAUGACCCUGACUGCCGUGCCUCCAUCAUAUCUGCUCUUCAGAAAGAUCCGAACCUUUCAACCGCGACUUUCACAGAGCAAUUCAAAAAACUGGUGGCUAAACCUAUCAAAACAUCACCCUCCGAUCGUCCCAUGGUGAUCAUUAUUGAUGCUUUAGAUGAGUGCAACUCGGAGGACAAAGUCUUCGAACACCUUGCCGAUAUACUCCGGAAGGAGGUACCCAGCUUACCGUCCAACAUCAAAUUCUUGGUCACCUCGAGGCAAUUCGGCCUUGUUGACCGUUUCUUCUCACUUAAUUAUCCUAUCGAACGUCUCAGCAUCAAUAUCUCGGAUGAUGCUAAUGUGCAGGACUGUGGCAUCUACGUGCGUGCCCAGCUCCGCGAACUGAUGGAUGUGCACCCUAACUUGAAGGAAGAGCUGGAGGGAGAGGAUGAGGAUGAAAUGGCUCGGCAUAUAACGGGACGAGCGGGUGGCUUAUUCAUUUGGAUCAGUACCAUCUUCCAUUACAUGAAGGUGGCGAAUGGUGAUCCUAUGAGGAUGCUGAAGAAAUUGCUCAACACUGGUGUACACCAAUCGAAUGUUGCUGCCGAGGAAAUGAUGGAUAGGCUAUAUGCGAGCAUUUUGGAAAAGUGUAAUUGGAAGGACGGAGAUUUUGCGCACGACUACCCAAUAGUGAUGGGAGCGAUCUUGGUUGCACAACAGCCACUCUCUGCGGCAGCUUGGGAUGCCAUUUUGUCGCCUUUCCUGACGUCUCCUAUUCGAUGCACAUUGACGGAACUCGCUCCGCUCCUGUCAGGGGUCAAGGAUCGUCACAUGCCGAUCCGAAUCUUACAUCAAUCCUUUCGUGACUUCAUUGUGAACCGAAUCGACGUCAACCUUUGCCGCUAUGCAGUAGAUGCGACAAGAGAGAAUGCUAGGGUUGCCCUACGAUGCACCCAGAUCCUGAACCAGGAUCUUUCCUCUGUAGAGGGCCUAGGACUGAUUGAAAGCUUGACUGUACGGGAUGUAUUGCCAUCUAUCCCUCCAGAAAAGUUGUCCGAGCACUUGCAUUACGCAUGUCGUCACAUCGUUUAUCACCUCUGUGGAGUUCAGGAGCCGACCGAGAUGCUUAAUGACUCAGUUCGCAUGUUUUUCAAUCUGCAAGCAACUCGCUGGGUGGAAGUCUGUGUGGGGAUGGAAGGCUACAUUGGUAUCUCAUCACUCCCCGAGUGGGCAACGCCCACUGUUGACCAACGGUCAACAUGUGCUAUCCAUAAGUUGGCCAACAUGCUUACCCAGCUUGGACUGAACUUGGCAUUUUUUACCAGAAUGCAAGAGGCACACGAGGCAGAGAACGAUUCUGUUGUACUCUGCCGUUACUUUGUUUCCCUAGAUCCGGAGACCUACACCCCAGAUCUGGCCAGGUCACUUAACAAUUUGUAUUUUUCCCUUUCCAAACUCGGGAGGCGCUCCGAGGCGCUCUCAUCCAUUAAAGAAAGUGUCGAACUCCAACGCCAGCCAGGAUCACACACCCCGAGUUUAGCUACGUCACUCAACAAUCUAUUUCAUGCCCUUUCCGAACUUGGACACCAUCCUGAGGCACUCUCGUUUAUCGAAGAAUCCGUUGAACUCCAACGCCAGCUAGUCACCACUCGCGCAUCUUGUACCCCAAAUUUGGCAGCGUCACUCAACAAUCUAUAUUCAGCUCUUUCCAAACUCGGACAGCAUUCCAAGGCACUCCCAAUUAUCGAAGAAGGCGUCAAGCUCUGCCGUCAGCUAGUUGCUGUUCACUCAGAAUUAUUCAUUUCUGAUUUGGCUUAUCGCUCAACAAUCUAUAUGACGCACUUUCUCACCUCAGGCGGCAUUCUGAGGCGCUCCCAUCGAUCCGGGAAAGCGUUCAGCUUUGGCGCCAGCUGGUUAUUAUUCACCCAGUGCCAUACAUCCCAUCACUCCGAGGCGCUCCCAAUCAUCGAAGAAAGUGUCAAGCUUUGUCGUCAGCUUGUUGCCGUUCACCCAGAGUUAUACAUCCCAAAUUUGGCUGGGUCACUCAACAAUCUAUUCGGCGUUCUUUCCAAUCUCGGACGGCAUUCCGAGGCGCUCCCACCCAUCGAAGCAGCUGUAAAGCUCCGACGCCAGCUAGUUGCCCUUCACCCAGAAUCAUACACCCCAGAUUUGGCUAUCCUUCAGCGCCAGCUAGCUGCUGUUCAUCCAGGAUCCUACACCCCAGAUUUGGCUAAUUCACUCAACCAUCUAUUUCAUGCUCUUUCCAAAGUCGGACGGCACUCAGAGGCGCUCUCAUCUAUCGAAGAAGGCGUCAAGCUCCUACGCCAGUUAGUUGCCGCUCAUCCAGAAUCAUACACCCCAGACCUGGCUGCGUCACUCAACAAUCUAUAUAAAGCUCUUUCGGGACUUGGACGACACUCCGAGGGGCUCCCAUUUAUUGAAAAUAGCGUCAAGCUCUGCCCUACAUCACUCAGCAAUCUGUAUGAUGCUCUUUCCGAGCUCGGACGGCACUCCGAAGCGCUCCCAUUUAUCAAAGAAAGCAUUGGGCUCCGCCGACAGCUAGCUGCGGUCCAUCCAGAAUCACACAACCCAUAUUUGGCGACGUCACUCAACAAUUUAUGUCGCACUCUUUCCGACCUCGGACGGCAUUCCGAGGCGCUCUCAUCCAUUCAAGAAAGCGUCGAGCUUCUACGUCAGCUAGUUAUCAUUCACCCAGGAUUGCACACUCCAAAUUUGGCCACGUCACUCAGUCAUCUAUAUAAUGCUCUUUCCAAACUUGGACGACACUCCGAGGCGCUCCUAUUUAUCGAUGAAAGUGUCAAGCUCUUCCGACAACUAGUUGCCGUUCAGCCUGAAUCAUACACCCCAGAUUUGGCUGUGUCACUCAAUGGUCUAUACAAAUCCUUUUCCAAACUUGGGCGGCAUUCCGAUGGACUGCCAUUUAUUGGGGAAAGCGUCAAGCUCCUCUACCACCUGAAUGCUGUUCACCCAGGAUUAUACGCCCCAACUUUGGCUUUGUCACUCAACGAUCUGUGUGACGCUCUUUCCAACAUCGGGUGGCAUUCCGGGGCACUAAUGAUCGUAACCCAAGCGACCUAG